AUGAAGCAUCAAGCCGAUGAUGAUGAUGAUAGAGUUAUGUUUGGACUCCACCGAACGCCUUCUAUGACGAUGACCAAAACAUUCAAGAACCCCAAGGUAUAUGGUGACAAAGGAAAUGUUGAACGUAGCUCGACGGUCAACGAUCGAGAUUGGGCACACAUGACACAAAAGAAAGUGCACAUUAAGAUCGUUAUCUUUGUAGUUCCUGCUACAAGCCCGGAGCGCUUCAAGGACGGCGUAGCUCCUUAA